AUUUCUUGAAAAACAAUUAUAUUUGUCAUAAUUUUAUAACAACCUCCUCCUCAUACUCCUUCUAUCUCUUCCUCUCUUCCUCUCUUCCAACUCGGCUCAUGCACCGACUGACUCCCGUCCUAUUCAACCAUUUUAGCUGAGGCUCUCUUCAGAACAUCAGAUCCCAUCUGAUCGAGCACUGACAGCUACAACAAUGGGGGAAAAGAAGGUGACUAUAAUGAUUCUGAAGGUUGACCUUCAGUGUGAGGAAUGCUACAGGAAGGUCAAGAAAGUUCUCUGUAAAUUCCCACAAAUACAAGACCAGAUGUACGACGAGAAGAACAACCUGGUGAUCAUCAAAGUGGUCUGCUGCAGUCCUGAAAAGAUCAGGGACAAGCUAUGCUGCAAAGGAGGUGGCGUCAUUAAGUGGAUCGAGAUCAAAGAGCCCGAGAAGCCCAAGCCUCUUCCUGCGCCGAAACCGAAACCGAAACCGAAACCUCCUCCGGCGUCGAAACCUGAACCGCCUCCUGAGCCGAAACCUGAGCCGCCUCCUGAGCCGAAACCUGAACCGCCUCCGGUUCCUGCUUGCCCUCUGCCUCUGGUUCCUGCUUGCCCUCGGCGGCCGUGUUGUUGGGAUUGUUACCAAGGGCGUCCUGGUGGUCCCUGCGAAACUCGCCCUCCGCCGCGGCCGGUGAAACCGUGUUGCUCGGAUUGUUACGAAGGGCGUCCUGGUGGUCCCUGCGAAACUUACCCUCGGCGGCCGGUGAACACGUGUUGUACGGAUUGUUACGAAGGGCGUCCUGGUGGUCCCUGCGAAACUUACCCUCCGCGGCCGGUGAACACGUGUUGUACGGAUUGUUACGAAGGCCGUCCUGGUGGUCCCUGCGAAACUUACCCUCCGCGGCCGGUGAACACGUGUUGUACGGAUUGUUACGAAGGCCGUCCUGGCGGUCCCUGCGAAACUGGGUAUGGUUACGGAGGGCCUGUCCCUUACAUACAGUAUGAUGGCCACUAUGGAAGGCCGGUGUGUGAUAGUUACGGCGGUGGGAGGAGCAAUACCACUAGUUACUGCGUGACCCGCCCCGAUUGUUUCAGUGAAGAAAAUCCCCAAGCGUGCGCCAUCAUGUAAAACCAUACGUACCAACCUACUGUGCCUUUUGCUGCCUUCGUAGGGAAGUUUCCCAUCAGCUCGGUGGUCCUUCACUUUCACAGUUUUAAAGUUUUAAAGUUGUACGACGUUGGUGUUUUUUUUUUUGAUAUUUGACGUUGGUGUUGUCUUAUAGAAUAAUAGAACGAAAGUAAAGAAUAAAGUAUGGUUGGUGAUUGUGGUGGACAAGUCGCGAUCAGAUUAUGGAGCGAUUCUUGAAUUCUUGUAGAUGAAGUUGUUACAACUUUUAUUUGAUUAAUGAAAUAAUAGUUUCCGAUAA